GUAAUUAUUCCCUAUGCAAUUCUUCCGAAUAUUUUAUUCACUUUCAGACGUCACUGCGCUGCAUAUAUAAAGAAACUUUAGCCACGAUAGUCAAGAAUUCAUUAAAUUGUAGAAGAGCAUACAUUGAUGGGAAGAUCUUUGCACAAGUUUAUAGAUUUCAUAAGUAGCCCACUAGUUCAUUUAGAGGAAUCGAUCGACAACCACGUGACCUAAGCAAAUUAGAACACUUCUAAACGUAUCUCCAAAGCAACCAAAUCGUAAAGGUCAAUUGUUAUUUUUAAUUCCCAAGGACGGUGACUUUUGAUUGCUGAGCAGUAACUUUCAGCCAGCCGAUGGAAUGUUUCCAACUUUAAGCGUAUGAACAGACAUCAGUAGCUCGAAUUUGGUGAUAAUCCGGUUAUGUCAAUGUUAAUUCACUGGCACAAUAUCAAUUUUUAUGAAUAAUUACUCAGAUAAGAAAAAGUUUAAAAUUAAUUAUUAAUCAUUUAUUCGAGUACAUUUUUGUAAUGACAUGUGAAUGCGGUUGAGGACUUCUAGAUAAAGCAUUUUUACAAGUGUCAAAACAUCUUUAGUAAAGAACUUAGUGUGAAGGAGGUUGGAUAAAGAGUACUUAUUUAUCUCCAUGUGAAAUCAUUUGUAAGAAUAAAAUGCAGAAAAACAUAAAACGCACAAAUGUCCCGUCGAUUUUACCAGCUGUGUUUUUAUGAAAAUUUCUUGACGAGCAUCAUUCGCUAUUACUUUCGUUGUUCAUCCGCAAUUAUUGUUGCUUGUUUUCAAUCUAUGACGUCGGUGAUAGUCACCGACGUCAUUAGUUAGUGGAACAGGAAAAAGAAACAACACAUUUUUAAUGUUUUUUGAACUAAGGUUAAUGUUUUCCAUUGCACUGGAGGCUUAUAACGGUUCAAUCAAGUUCUUUGAUGGAAAACAAAUUUUACAAAAAGGAAAAAAUAUAAAUGCAAUAAAAGUCGACACCUGCUUGCACCGAAACAAAAUGGAUAAAGAAGAAGUACAACCUUCAAGUUCGCCUUACACGAACAAAAAGUGUGAAAAAAAGGAGAAGAAGAACGUCCAACGAGAAAUGGUUAGUACUAGACUAAAUCAAUACAAAUAUAACAAAAGACAACUGAGGAAACAAGACAGUCAACAUCGAUGUCGUGACGAUAAAAAGAGCUAGCACCAUGUCUUUUAGCAUCUGUUCGCAUUGUUUUUUUGACAUUUAUUUAGCUAAUGUUAUAAUGGCGACACUGAAAGGUUAUUUCGUCCAGGAAAUGUUACUACUGGUUGUUGUGUUCCAAACCACUCGUUUAUAUGUCAGAUCAACGCUAAAAUGUCAAAUUUGCAAAACAUGAAAUUGUUAAUAUACAGUAGUUUCUAUUUGUACUCCUGAUAUCACAGAAAGCAGAAAGAUGUGUUCCAAGACCAUCUUCAUCACAAGGCUGGAUAGUCUUCGUAUCAAUGACUGGAAAUUCCCCAUUUCGCUAUAAAGCAUAUUUCAAUAUAAACUAAAAAGCGAUGAUAUGACAGCAGACGUAGCCAUUUUCCCGCCAAAACGUGUAUUACGAAAGCGCACUUUUUCUAUAGUAUCAUAAGCAUGCUUGAUGGCAUAAUAUAAAGUAAUCAAUAACCAGAUUUCCGAGCACUAUUUCCGGGUUAUUCUAAACCCAUUUACGCGAUAGGUAAACUGAACAUAAGAUACAUACCCCAAACAUCAUUCCACGCAACUUUCUUUCAAGAAUUUGUUAGACAAAAAAAAUGUCAAAUAUAAGUUUUUGCCACACUAUUCCUAAUAAUAAUAUAGGUAAAUGGAGAAA